CUGAUGUAUUUCUCCUUACUCUGAGGCGGCGGCUUGCAAGCAAGAGCGCUCUCGCUCCCGAGCACAGGAGACUUGCAGGGGGGAACCAUGUCGCCUACCAGACUCAUGCUGCUGCUCCUGAUGGUGUGCGCCACGCGGACGGGCCUGUCCCUCAAGCUGUACAAAGCCGAGUCCCUCUUCAGCUGCAUCAACGCCGCCCUCUCGGAGGCCGAGAAGAGCCGCCCGGAGGAGAACUCCCUCGUGGACAAGAGGAGUUUCGACUCCCCGCCUGGGAAGGAGGCACCCUCACUGCAGGAGGAAGAGGAGGAGAAGGAAAAGGAGAAAAGGACGUUCGCAGGGGAUGCCCGUUACAAAUACCUCUCCCAGGCGCAACUCAAGGGGAAGAUGUACCAGAACCGGGCCAAGACCGACCGGCGCACCAAAUUCACCCUCUCCCUCGACGUGCCCACCAACAUCAUGAACAUCCUCUUCGACAUCGCCAAGGCCAAGAACUUGAGGGCAAAGGCCGCCGCCAACGCCCACUUGAUGGCUCAGAUCGGGCGGCGGAAGUGA